AUGGGGAGAUCCGAUCAAGUAUACCAGAGAGAAAAGAAAUUCACAUCCGACAAGAGAAGUAACAAUGUUCAAAGAGGAAUAGAAAGUAAAGAUGGAGAAUUACUAACAGACUCGCACAACAUCAAGAAGAGGUGGAAGGAAUAUACAGAAAUGCUGUACAACAAGGAUGGAAGAUCAGCAGAUUUGUUUGUAGAAGAAGAAUCAGAAGUUGAUAAGUACGGAAUCGGACCAGACAUCAUGAGAGCGGAUGUACUAAAAGCAAUUGAAGAGCUAAAAAAAGAAGGCAGAAGGAACAGACAAUAUUCCGUCGGAAAUGUUAAAGGCAUUAAAGGGCACUACUAUGCUCAAGAUUCUGUCAAGAAGAUCGGAGAACAAAAUAAAACAGACGCAAUUGGACAAGAUCAAUUUGGCUUUAUAAAAGGACGUGGAAGAGAAGCGAUAGCGGUGAUGAGAAUUCUGGCAGACCGAAGCAUUGAACAUGAUCAAGAGGUAUAUGUAUCGUUCGUAGACUUUGAAAAAGCUUUCGACAGAGUCAAUUGGGAGAAACUAUUGGAAAUUCUCAAAACAGAUUCAGAGAAGGGGUUACAAGAAAUAAUGGACAGUCUGAACGCAGUUGUUGAGGAUUUUGGAAUGAGAGUUAACAUAAAGAAAACGAAGGUGAUGAGGAUCAACAAAAACGGCGAAGGGGAUGUCACGAUCAAACUGAAUGGCAAAAAUCUGGAACAAGUUAAAAGCUUCCAAUACCUCGAGAGUAUUUUGACAAGCAACGGCUAUUGCAGUACUGAAAUAAGAUUACGGAUUGCGCUAGCAAAGGUUGCCUUUAACUCGAGAAGAGAACUGCUGACGAAGAAGUUCAAUUUACGGCUGAAAAAGAGGAUGAUUAAAACCUUAGUGUGUAGCGUGCUAUUAUAUGGGUCAGAGUCGUGGACACUGAAAACGGAAGAUAUCAGGAGAUUGGAAAGUGCAGAUAUGUGGUUCUGGAGGAGACUGGAGAAGAUAAGUUGGACAGAAAAAGUGACAAAUGAGGAAGUAUUGCUUAGGAUUGGAGAGAAAAGAACAUUGAUCUCGAUCAUCUAUAACCGCCAGAAGAAGUGGAUUGGUCACGUUAUGAGACACCAGGGACUGCUAAGGGAUGUCAUCGAAGGGAGGUUACACGGCAAAAGGUGCAAGCCCCAGAGAGGGCAGAACAAGACCACAAGACCCACUCAAAAGGAUUGUCUGACCAGAAUCUAG